GCAGCGGCGGCGGCGGCGGCACCGGCGGUGUCGGGACGGGCGGUACCGGCGGGACGGGACGGGACGGGCCGGGCCGGGUCCCGCGCACCCACCCCGGGUCGGCCGCGGCUGCGGGAGGCGGAGCGGAGCCAGCGGGUUGUGGCUGUACUAACACCAUUACUGGUUUGCCACUCUUAGAGUGUCCCCUUCUCGCAGUAUCUGUGCUUGCCCAUCAGACACUAUGAGGAGAUUGGCUUUUCGAGGUGCUGGUUCUACUCUGAAGAAGUUGGAUUCCAUGGGUUCCAAGAGGCGAAGAGCUACCUCUCCUUCCAGCAGCGUCAGCGGUGGAGACUUCGAUGAUGCCCAUCACUCCACCAAUAUACCAGGCCCAAGCAGGAAGAGGAGGAGACUUUCCAAUCUCCCAACUGUAGAUCCUAUUGCUGUCUGCCAUGAGCUCUACAACACCAUCAGAGACUACAAAGAUGAGCAGGGCAGGCUCCUUUGUGAGCUCUUCAUCAGGGCACCCAAGAGAAGAAAUCAGCCAGAUUAUUAUGAAGUGGUUUCUCAGCCAAUUGAUUUAAUGAAAAUCCAACAAAAGCUGAAGAUGGAGGAAUAUGAUGAUGUGAAUGUGCUGACUGCUGAUUUCCAGCUUCUCUUUAACAAUGCAAAGGCUUACUAUAAGCCAGAUUCUCCUGAAUAUAAAGCUGCCUGCAAACUGUGGGAGCUGUAUUUGCGCACAAAAAAUGAAUUUGUUCAGAAAGGUGAUGCUGAGGAUGAUGAUGAUGAUGAGGAAGGACAUGACAAUCAAGCAAAUUCUGAAUUAUCAUCUCCAGGUUACCUGAAGGAAAUUCUGGAACAGCUUCUUGAAGCUGUAGCUGUUGCCACAAACCCCUCAGGACGCCUCAUAAGUGAACUGUUUCAGAAACUUCCUUCUAAAGUGCAAUAUCCAGAUUAUUAUGCAAUAAUAAAGGAACCCAUAGAUCUUAAAACUAUUGCCCAAAGGAUACAGAAUGGAACUUAUAAAAGCAUUCAUGCCAUGGCCAAGGACAUAGAUCUUCUGGCAAAGAAUGCCAAAACCUACAAUGAGCCUGGAUCCCAAGUAUUCAAGGAUGCAAAUGCGAUUAAAAAGAUAUUUAAUAUGAAAAAAGCUGAGAUUGAACACAGUGAGUUGGCCAAGUCAAGUCUCCGAAUCAGGACUGCAUCAAAUUUGGCUGCUUCCAAGCUGACAGGUCCUUCCUCACAGGGUAAAGGCAGUGUUGGGGAUGAGAGAAAUUCUUCUAACAAAUAUUAUCGUAACAAAAGAUCAGCCCAAGGGGAUCGUUUAUCAGCAAUAACCAUGGCAUUGCAAUAUGGAUCAGAAAGCGAUGAGGAUGCAGCUUUGGCUGCUGCUGCUCGUUAUGAAGAGGGAGAGUCUGAAGCUGAGAGCAUUACCUCCUUCAUGGACACUUCUAAUCCUCUUUACCAGCUUUAUGACACUGUUAGAAGUUGCCGUAAUAACCAGGGCCAGCUCAUCUCUGAACCCUUUUUCCACUUGCCCUCCAAGAAGAAGUAUCCUGAUUAUUAUCAGCAAAUUAAAACUCCCAUUUCAUUGCAGCAGAUCAGAACCAAGCUGAAGAACCACGAAUAUGAAACUUUAGAUCAGUUGGAGGCUGAUCUGAAUUUGAUGUUUGAAAAUGCCAAGCGCUACAAUGUCCCCAAUUCUGCCAUCUAUAAAAGAGUGCUGAAAAUGCAGCAGGUUAUGCAAGCAAAGAAGAAGGAGCUUGCUAGGAGAGAUGACAUUGAGGAUGGGGACAGCAUGAUUUCUUCUGCUACAUCUGAUACUGGAAGCUCAAAAAGGAAAAGUAAAAAGAACAUACGAAAGCAGCGGAUGAAGAUCUUGUACAAUGCAGUUCUGGAAGCUCGAGAGCCUGGCACAGGCAGGCGGCUCUGUGAUCUGUUCAUGGUUAAGCCAUCCAAAAAGGACUAUCCAGACUAUUAUAAAAUUAUCCUGGAGCCAAUGGACUUGAAGAUGAUAGAGCACAACAUCCGCAAUGACAAGUACGUGGCGGAGGAGGCCAUGAUUGAGGACAUGAAGCUCAUGUUCCGGAACGCCAGGCAUUACAACGAGGAAGGCUCCCAGGUAUACAAUGAUGCCCAUAUGCUGGAAAAGAUCCUUAAAGAAAAAAGGAAAGAGCUGGGACCCUUGGCUGAAGAUGAUGAUGUUGCAUCCCCUAAACUAAAGCUAAGUAGGAAAAGUGGCAUUUCUCCCAAGAAGUCCAAGUACAUGACUCCAAUGCAGCAGAAGCUGAACGAGGUGUACGAGGCUGUGAAGAACUACACGGACAAGCGCGGGCGGCGGCUGAGCGCGAUCUUCCUGCGGCUGCCAUCCCGCUCCGAGCUCCCCGACUACUACGUCACCAUCAAAAAGCCUGUGGACAUGGAAAAGAUCAGGAGCCACAUGAUGGCAAAUAAAUACCAGGACAUAGACUCCAUGGUGGAGGACUUUGUCAUGAUGUUCAAUAACGCUUGCACGUACAAUGAACCAGAGUCUUUGAUUUAUAAAGAUGCCCUGGUCCUCCACAAAGUUUUGCUUGAAACACGGAGAGAAAUAGAAGGAGAUGAGGAUUCUCAUGUGCCCAAUGUCACUUUGCUGAUUCAAGAACUCAUCCAUAACCUCUUUGUAUCUGUUAUGAGCCACCAGGAUGAUGAGGGCAGAUGCUACAGUGACUCCUUAGCUGAGAUUCCUGCUGUUGAUCCCAACUUCCCAAAUAAACCUCCUCUGACUUUUGAUAUUAUCCGAAAAAAUGUUGAAAAUAAUCGCUAUAGAAGAUUGGACUUGUUCCAGGAGAACAUGUUUGAGGUACUGGAGAGGGCACGGAGAAUGAACAGGACUGAUUCAGAGAUCUAUGAGGAUGCAGUAGAACUUCAGCAAUUCUUCAUUAAAAUUCGAGAUGAACUAUGUAAAAAUGGAGAGAUUCUGCUGUCACCUGCUCUCAGCUACACCACCAAGCACCUUCACAACGAUGUAGAAAAGGAAAAGAAGGAAAAGCUGCCCAAAGAAAUAGAGGAGGAUAAGCUCAAAAGGGAGGAGGAGAAGAGAGAAGCUGAAAAGAGCGAAGAUUCCUCUGGAUCAGCUGGGCUGUCAAAUUUGCAUCGGACCUACAGCCAGGACUGCAGCUUCAAGAACAGCAUGUACCAUGUGGGGGAUUAUGUGUAUGUGGAGCCUGCAGAGGCCAACUUGCAGCCUCACAUCGUCUGCAUUGAGAGGCUGUGGGAAGAUUCAGCUGGAGAGAAAUGGCUCUAUGGCUGCUGGUUUUAUCGACCAAAUGAAACUUUUCACCUUGCAACACGAAAAUUCCUGGAGAAAGAAGUUUUUAAAAGUGAUUAUUACAAUAAAGUUCCUGUUAGUAAAAUUUUAGGCAAAUGUGUGGUCAUGUUUGUCAAGGAAUAUUUUAAACUGUGCCCUGAAAACUUCAGAGAUGAGGACGUUUACGUGUGCGAGUCGCGCUAUUCUGCGAAGACAAAGUCUUUUAAAAAGAUUAAACUGUGGACUAUGCCUGUGAGCUCUGUCAGAUUUGUCCCACGAGAUGUGCCCCUGCCUGUGGUCAGAGUCGCUUCUGUGUUUGCCAAUACAGACAAAGCAGAUGAGGAGAAACACAGUGAAACACUGGAGGACAGUAAGGUGGGAGAAAGUAUCCUUCAUCUUGAAAAGGACAAAGAAGAUGUUCCAGUAGAAAUGUCCAAUGGGGAACCUGGUUGCCAUUACUUUGAACAGCUCUGCUACAAUGACAUGUGGCUGAAGGUUGGGGACUGUGUCUUCAUAAAAUCACAUGGCCUGGUGCGGCCUCGAGUAGGAAGAAUUGAGAAGAUGUGGGUGCGAGAUGGAGCCGCGUAUUUCUUUGGUCCAAUCUUUAUACAUCCUGAAGAAACUGAGCAUGAGCCAACUAAAAUGUUCUACAAGAAGGAGGUGUUUUUGAGUAAUUUGGAGGAGACCUGUCCCAUGACUUGCAUUUUGGGAAAGUGUGUCGUUCUGUCAUUCAAAGACUUCCUCUCCUGCAGACCAACAGAAAUCUCCGAAAACGAUGUUUUUCUUUGCGAGAGCCGCUACAACGAAAGUGACAAACAAAUGAAGAAAUUCAAGGGGUUGAAGAGGUUUUCACUGUCUGCAAAAGUUGUAGAUGAUGAAAUAUACUAUUUUAGAAAACCCAUAGUUCCUCAAAAAGAGCCAUCUCCUCUACUGGAAAAGAAGAUUCAGCAGCUGGAAGCAAAAUUUGCUGAGUUGGAAGGAGGUGAUGAGGACAUGGAAGAGAUGGGAGAAGAGGAAGGUGAUAUGACUGAAACACCUUCUAUGCCUCAGCUUCAGGCCCCCUUAGCCAGUGAUUUGGAUAUAAUGCCUUAUACUCCACCACAGUCCACUCCCAAGUCUGUUAAGGGCAGCACCAAGAAGGAGGGAUCAAAAAGGAAGAUCAACAUGAGUGGGUACAUCUUGUUUAGCAGCGAGAUGAGAGCUGUGAUUAAAGCUCAGCACCCAGACUACUCCUUUGGAGAGCUCAGCAGACUUGUAGGAACUGAAUGGAGAAACUUGGAAGCAACAAAGAAAGCAGAAUAUGAAGAGCGGGCAGCUAAAGUUGCUGAGCAGCAGGAGAGAGAGCGAGCAGCACAGCAGCAGAAUUCCUCCCCCCGGGCAGGCACUCCUGUCGGGGCUCUUAUGGGGGUGGUGCCGCCACCAACACCAAUGGGAAUGCUCAAUCAGCAGUUGACACCCGUUGCAGGCAUGAUAAGUGGCUAUCCACCGGUGCUGCCACCUUUGCAGGGCCCAGUUGAUGGCAUUGUUAGCAUGGGCAGCAUGCAGCCACUUCACCCAGGGGUGCCCCCACCCCACCAACUCCCGCCAGGUAUGCCAGGCAUCCCAGGCAUCCCACCACCCGGUGUUAUAGGCCAAAAUGUGUCCCCUAUGGUAGGCACUCCAGCACCAGGAGCGAGUCCUUUUGGACAGCAGAUGGGGAUCCUGGGCCCGCCGGGCCAGCAGGCGCCCCCGCCGUACCCAGGGCAGAGCCCUGCCAGCCAGCCCGUCAUGCAGCAGCCCAGCACCCCCAUGUUCGUCUCCCCUCCACCAAAGACACAGAGGCUCCUCCAUUCUGAAGCCUACCUGAAAUACAUCGAGGGGCUCAGUGCUGAGUCAAACAGUAUCAGCAAGUGGGACCAGACCCUUGCAGCACGGAGACGAGAUGUGCACUUGUCCAAGGAGCAGGAGAGCCGCCUGCCCUCGCACUGGUUGAAGAGCAAAGGGGCUCACACCACCAUGGCUGACGCGCUGUGGCGCCUGCGGGACCUGAUGCUGCGCGACACCCUGAACAUCCGCCAGGCCUACAACCUGGAGAACGUGUAGGAACAGCAGCACUCCUGCUCCAGGAGUUCAUGGGACAAUAGCUGGUUUAGUUACUGGGUGGGAAGAGAUAACCAACAAUAAUUUGUAUUGCAUUUUACUGUACAUUGCAAGACCAUUUUUAUAUAAGGACACUUUUAAUAAGCAUAUUUCACUUUUUGUUAUAUUAAGUUGACUUUAUCAAAUACACAGAUUUUUUGCAUAUGUUUCCUUUGUUUGAAAGGCGAUUUCAUAAUUGGUUGAGUGUAGUCAAGGAUUCACCUUUCUUAUACUUUAUUGCUGAGAAUCUGAUGCCAUUGUUUUUAUAUAUAAAAAAAAAAACGGAAAACAAAGUAUUUACAGAUUGAUACAGUGGAAUGUGAAUUAGUCAUAGUUUACAUCCUAUAAGAAUGUGUGUACCUGUGCUUGUGCGUGCUGGCCACUUUGGGCAGAACUGCUCAGGUGUGAACAGGGAGGAUCUCUUAAAAGAAGCUAAAGGUAAGAUAAGCUUUGGCACUAAGGAAAAUUGGCAUUCCAAGUCAACACUGAGAUGGCUGGGUGGGCCCCAGCAGCGCUGGAAGUGCUGGUGUGGACGGGACAAGGGUGUCUCAACUGCUCAUGUUGUCCAGUCCUGUGCAGUUAUUUAACUGUGUAGCCAAGGCCAUUGUGAUCCUAAAUCAGUACCACAGUCCCUGUGCUGGCAGGCCCUUAGAGGGGAAGUGUUUCAUCUGCCAUGGCCUGUGCUGGGGGUUCUGCCAUGUCCCCAGCACCCAGCAGUGGGACAGGGAAGCUCCUUCCCUGAGAGAUUCUGUCUGUGCUGGAAGAGGCUCACAGAACUUGGAACCAGCCCAGGUCUUGGAAGGUAAGUUAGGGGAGAAAAGUGGAGUUGUUCUGUUAGUGAAGUAAUGUGAUGUUUUUUUAAAUUCACACAUACUCUGUUCAUGAUUGGGCAUUGUAAGACAUUUUUGUAUGCUUUCUUUAAGUGUAUUCAUUAACCUUAGUGAAAGUUCUGCAAUGCAAAUUUGAGUGAAAUUUGAUGCUUAAAUUAACUUGAAAGUAAAAUACUACUGUAUGGUAUGGUAUGUGUAAGGUCAGCAUACCCAGUACAUUGGAGAAAUAUAGUACUUGCAUUGCAGCCUUCAAAGGGUUUGGGUUGGUUUUUUUUUCUUUUCUUUUCUUUUUUCUUUUUGGUUUUUUUUUGUGGGGUUUUUUUUUGGUUUGUUUUUGUUUUUUGUUUUUUUUUUGUUUUUUUUUUAUCUAAGUAAAGUAGGUAUUGACUCUUCUUGCCAAAUUUCAAGGUUGUGGCUGCCUUCUGCUAAAGAUUUACCUGUCCUCAUAACUAACCAACCUUUUGGACUACAAAGUUAUUUGUUUAAAGGUGAUAAGAACAGUGGUGUUGAAAAUUGAGCCAUAAUGAGCAUGAACAGUGAACCUUGAAAAAUAUGUGAAGCACUGGGAACCAGCUGAGUGGAGGUGGUAAGAUUCAGUCAGUCCCAGAUGCCCCUUUAUUAAUUGGAUUGAAAAUAAACAGCAAGCCUUAAUUUCAUAUGGAAGCUAAUGUGGUUCAGGACUGUCUUCCAUGUAGCUGUUUAAUAGAGGAAAUUAGAUGAGUAACAUGAAAAAAACAUCUUUUACACAAUUAAGUUAGAAUCAAGGAUAGAAAUUUUCUGUAUGAACUAUGAGAAAAAAUAAGUGAUAGGAAUCUCUCAAGGUGCCUGGCAUAAAAUUCACAGAGAGCUAUUUAAACAGUCAGAACACAGCAUUAUUUAAUUAACACACAUCCAUGUUUUCAGUCUGGGGUAUAAAUGCUGCCUUUCACACAGGCUGCCAGCUUUAUAACACUUCUGCCCUUCUGUUGCAGUUGCCCAGAGGAAACUAAUUCUAAUCAUCCUCCACAUCUUAUUUGCUCAGUCUGAGAUACUAAAGAUCAACCAUAAAUGUAUGUAGCUCCCUCUUGGCUGCAAGUGCACAAAAUUGAAGUUUCAGAAUGUCUGGGCACUGCACAUUGUGUAAGGAAUGGGAUGUGGUUCAGUCAUGCACAUGAAAUUUUGAUUAAUAAAAUGAAACCUUAUAUUCAUUUUGUCAACUGCAUUUUCCAGCAAGUCUAAUGUGACCCUCAUCUUUGGUAUAAAGCACCAACAUCCAGUACUGAUUUCAGGAAGUAACUCAGGAACAGCAUUCUUUUCACCAAUUCUGUGAAGAUAUUUUUUUCCCCCUUUCCCUGAAGGAGCUGGAGAUGGCCAUGAGCAGAGUGCAGGUACAGUUUGGGUCUGUGUAUUAAGUCCAAAGUGAAAGCAUGCCUCCACUGAUGACAGGAAGAGUUUUGCUCCAAAGAAAAAUUCCCCAAUACAUCAGAUGGCUGUUGCUUUCUGUUGCUGCUUUUGAAAAUCUUGGAGAAAACUGCUGCAGCCCUGUGCCAGGGAGGAGUGCAGGCUGGGUACAAACACCCUUCCUUGACCAUAACUUGUUCCAGCUCUUCCGCAGGCUUUUCAGCAGACAGCUGCUUCCUUGUGCACACAGCUGCAGGGGAAUGAUCAGCAGAUCCAUGUUUUCCACAGAAUCAUUCUGGAUUGGUGGUGGUUGUCCUCUCUAAUGCUGGAGUGGUGAGCAGCACUGCUUGUGCAUUAGGUAUCACUGUUUGUUCCAGAUGACUUUUUACUGCUGCUGCCUCACCGAGAUGGAUUUUUCCAUGCUGGGUAUCCAUCUUGCCCUGACUUCCAGAGUUUGGAAAGCUUGCAGCAGGAAUGCUUUGCUGAGUCUCAGAAGCUGUGGUGGCCGUUGCAGAACACAUGAAAAUGCCGUUGGUCGGUGCAGAGCCCCACUCCAGGCGGACACCGGCUGAAUUCCCUGCUGAAGGAAGGGAUGUGCUCAGCCCUGGAGCUGGCAGGGGCCUGGCAGGGCUAGAAGUGAAAGCUGUGACCCUGGCUCACUGCAGCAGCCUGGAACAGCCACACGGUGUUCCCUGAGUGCCGAGCCAAAGGAGAGCUCUUGCUUCCUUCCCGUUUCCUUUGCCACAGCAGAUGGAUGGGGGAAGCGGGAGAUGGGAGUGAUACAGGGAUAUGAGAGUCAGAGAGAACUGGGGAAGGCAAAGAGCACAGAAUUAGGAGUCAGCAGGAAUAAAACGGCAAAACCAAAUGAAGACUUUGGUUGUUGAAGAUGGGGUGUAUUUAAAACUGAUACUAAAUCUCCGACUGUACUCAGCUGUGGAACAGGCUGGGAUUCUGGAAUGGGGAGUUGCAGCUAUUCUGAUGUCCAGCAUUAGUGACAGACUGGUAAAAUCUAAAAAUACCAAAGGGUCAGCACUAGCAAGCACACUCAGGAUUGGAGACUGCAGCUCAGAUUUCUAAAUGUCAAGCUUCAUAUUGUGUCAUAACAGAUCUGUGUUGCCUGAAAUGGUGCGAUGCCAGAGGAUUUUAUUCCUGCAGCAGUCACCAAGAGCAGUGACACGGAACUGCCUGACACCAGACAUCUUGUGAGUGACUGCAGCCUCUCUCCCUUUCUGUUUACCUGCUUCAGACAUCCCAGAGAUCUUCCAGAUGUGCCUGGUGCUCUCAGCUGCCAAUGGGAAACAGUCACUGCUAAACAAGCUAGAGGUCUGAAGUGAGAACUGGGCUUGGCUCACAGCUGUUUGUGGAACUGCUACAAUUACAGGAGUGCUUAAGGGAAGCCACAGGAAGUUUUCACAUCAGGCUCCUGAGUUCUGAGAAAUAACUAGGGCACAGGGCUCUUGCUUGAAAAAAACUCCAUAUAUUGAACAACUUAUUUGUUUUAUGAAAACAGAGCACAAGAGAAUUUCAAAAGGCUCAAGAAAUAAAAUCAGAUGAAGCUAAAGCUCAGCAGUUUUCAA